ACCGUACGGCACUUCCGUGCAGGUCCAGCUUUAACACGGGCGCCGGCCGCGGGCUCGGGGCAUGGGGUCCGCCUGCCUGGCGCGACUUCACGGGCUCUUCGCGACCUACAAGCCCCCGGGACUAAAAUGGGAGCACGUGCGGGAUACCGUGGAGCUGCAGCUUCUGAAGGGUCUCAAUGCUGGGAAGCCUCCUGCCCCUAAACAGCGUGUUCGGUUUUUGCUGGGCCCUGUGGAAGGCAGCGAAGAGAAGGAGCUGACCCUCACGGCCACCAGCGUGCCCAGCCUCACCGACCAUCCCCUGGUACGUGGACCAGCAUUCACCCACCUGAAGAUUGGUGUGGGACACCGGCUGGAUGCCCAGGCUUCAGGGGUGCUUGUGCUCGGCGUGGGACGUGGACGCAGGCUCCUCACCGACAUGUACAACGCUCACCUCACCAAGGACUACACGGUGCGUGGCCUCCUGGGCAAAGCCACCGAUGACUUCUGUGAGGACGGGCGGCUGCUGGAGAAGACGACCUACGACCAUGUGACCAGAGAGAAGCUGGAUCGAAUCUUGGCUCUGAUCCAAGGCUCCCAUCAGAAGGCCCUGGUGAUGUACUCCAACCUCGACUUGCAGACCCAGGAGGCCUAUGAGAUGGCCGUGAGGGGCCUGAUCCGGCCCAUGAGCCCAUCCCCGAUGCUGGUCACCGGCAUCCGCUGCCUCCACUUUGCACCUCCAGAAUUCCUCUUAGAGGUGCAGUGCGUGCACGAGACACAGAAGCAGCUGCGGAGGCUGGUGCAUGAGAUUGGCCUGGAGCUGAAGAGCAGCGCCGUGUGCACCCAGGUGCGGCGGACGCGUGACGGCUUCUUCACACUGGACGAUGCCCUGCUGAGGACGCGGUGGGAUGUGCACAGCAUCCAGGAUGCCAUCCAGGCUGCAGCCCCCCGGGUGGCAGCGGGGCUGGAGAAGAGCUUGAAGCCUGGGCUGGUUGCCCAGCGGCUCCCCAGGCUAGAUCAGCCCCAGGACUCUGAGGGGUCCAGCUCGGCCCUGGGACAGGACAGCUCUCCUGGGCCAGGCCGGGCCGGGUGACCGUGCAGGAGAGCAGGGGAAGCGUUCCUGCACGGGGCAUAAAACUGAAACAGGAAGACUGACAGGCUCGGCCCAAUCGAAAAGGAAAAACUUCUGGGUGGAAGAAAGGACAAUCAAGAAGGGACAGAUUGAUAAAAAUACCGGCAGCGUCUCAUGUCCAUCAGGCAGGCACAGCUCGUGAGACAGCAGGGGAAACUGACAAAAUCAGGCAAAGGACCCGAAUUGUGUGUACUGUCCUGUGUAUUUUCCCUCACACGUCACAUGGCCAGGAGACCAGGAAUGUUGAUGCUCAACCCCUCCAGUAACACAGGGCAUCCAGGUGAAGUGUCUCUGCCUUUCAGCACAGGGGUCGGCACGUCCGGUGGUGGGUGAGCCUCACCCUUUGUGAUGUCGGCAUCUCCCCAGCCAGGUUAAGUAGUUUGCUGGCUGCAUUUAUGUAACAAUAUAGGUCACCAUUUCUCCCUCUCUGCCUACCAGGUAAGGGUGCCCCUUCCUCCAGGCCCUGUGGGGGUGACCAGAGAUCCAGGGCUCCCUUGAGAAAGGCUCUGACCUCUUCUCCCCUUGAGCACUGGGCUUCUGUGCAUUGGGCAAAUUUGCCACUAGGAUGGGGCACCUUUCCCUUGGGCCUGAGUUCCUGCCAGUGUAUUCAACAUUCACUCAACAAAUGUUUAUUUGGUGCCCACUAUUUGUCAGAUGUUGUAAGAGCUCAUCGUACAUCAGUCCAGAGGACUGUCCACAUACCCACGGCGGGGCGGGGGGUGGGGGCGGCUUAAAUAGGGCAGUCUGACCUCCCUGGUGGUGCAAGGGGUUAAGCACCGCACCAUGAAGCAAUCCGCAGCCUCUGCAGCAAGAGUUCGAUUCCCAGCCAGCCAGGGAGCAACACACAUGGCACAGCAGACCCCUCCUGUCGUGCCCGCUGGUCCCCUCAGCAGUGUAUUUCAGUCAGUCUGACUGUUCUGUUCCCGCUCUUCUGGUCUCUGGUGCAGAGCCCCCACAUCUCUGGCCUGUACCCCAGCUCUUGUAUGCAUAAAUAAAUAAAAUCUUUUAUAAAAACCAAGUAAAUAGGGCAGUCUGAGAAGGAUCGCAUGAAUGGAGGAGGCAGGCAUCCAGCCAGGAGAUUAUCUGGAGAAAGAAGCCUUGAAGGUGAAGGGAAGAGCCAGCUCCGCUCAAAGGGCAUCUGACUUACCGAGGACGGGCUAGUGUUCAGCGUCACUGGCUGGCCUCGCGCCAGUAGAAGAGACGCACCUGAGGGUUUUUCUAUCUGAGGCGUGUCCCCUGUUUUCAGGAAGUAGGACUGUGGGCCCCUUGCAACUGACUCAGUUUUACCUCUUCUUUUCCAAUGUGGGUUCCUUCUUACUACUUUUUCUUGCUUAAUUGCCCUGGCUAGGACGUCUAAUAAAUCAUGCCGCUUACUUCUUCUUUUUUUUUUUUUUUAAAGGGAAA